AUGAACAAGCUGGCCAUCGCGGCCCUCGACGCCAAGACUCGCGAGCUCAAGCAGCGACUCCAAGCUAUCAUGCAAGAACGCUCUUCUUUUCCGCCCGCCACCAGCGAGCAUCUUGCGGCUGCUAGCAGACCCCUUAGCACUACUACGGUCGCGUCAACACCAAGGCCCCCGCAAGUUGAGGCACCGAAACCUCGGUUCGUUCCUCAUACUGUCCCCCAGGUUCCUACCGAGACGUCCAUCUCGGCCGAUGAGAGUGAUAUUGCUGCUCUGAUUCGCUCCUUUUCCGAUCACGUGGAUCCCACAGCAGAUAUUAUCCCUAGACCGGCUUCCUCGACCGCACAGCAGAAUCAAAGCUCUGUCGAGGCCCAGCCGGUCCAGGCCACUCCUGCACCCGUGUCGAAUCCCUCCUCUGUGCGGCUUCCUAAACCCGCAGAGGCUGUAAUCACAGCGAUCUCCACUUCAGACGAGGAGGGUGAGAUUCCGAGCGACACUGAAGAGCCAGUUAAAGCAGGAAUGGCUCACGAACGAUCUCAGGAGCAAUCGAAGCACCAAGUCGCUCAAAAACCUGACAAGACCCCCCGAUCCGGACCUAAUAGUACCUCUAACAAGAAACAACUCCCUCAAAAAGGCCCUGGUAAGCCCCAGACGGGCACCGGGAAGGCCCUACGUACAAAUAACAGGCCCGAAUCUCAGAAUGCUCAGACCAAGAAUCAACCUACCGCCACCUUAUUGACUCCCGAAAAGGCCCUGGAGCGAGCCUUGGAGCUCAACCCGGACCUGCGGGAAUGGCUGGCGCUAACUAAUUACCAUGACGCCGAAACACGUACCAAAAAGAUUGAACGAUAUCGUAAGCUGAAAGCUCUGGCGGCCGAGAAAGAACGAAUCGAAGCUGAGCAUGCUGCCCAGAGGGCCAGGCUAGAGGCCGAGCAGCGCAAGCUACUGGAAGAAGAGGGGCUGGACUUUGGUCUCAUUGCCACGCCGGUAGUCGAAACUGCCCCGGCAAUCAUUAACAAAGUAUCCGAAGUUCCCGAGGUUGUAGCGCCCAAAAGAGAACGCGAGCCGUCCGUGGACAUGACCGAUGCUCCUCCGGAGAAGAAGCAUCGGCCGGAGGAGAACGGACCCCGGCCGAUGGACAUUGACAACCAGUAUGAUGACCGUUACCGUGAACGUGGUCGGCCCGAGUAUCCCAUCAAGCGUGCCCCCUCAUGGUCUCCGCGUCGUUAUCGCGCACCGUCACCUCGUCGCGACCACCGUCCAAGCCGUCCCACCUCGCGUGACCGCGAAUAUCAACACUCUCGGUUUUCUCCUCGGCCUCGGUCCCGCGACCGUUCCGAAUACAACAAAUACGACGGACGCCUUCUUCAUAAACAUGACGACCGGAGCUAUCGUGAUGAUGUCAACGGCUUCUUGGACGAUCACGGUGGAGACAAAGCGCCUCGCGCCCAGUCGCCCCGGCGACCUAGGGAUUUGGAGCAUGUUGAGCACUUUGAUACGGGCAAAAAGGGCGAUACCCGAUUUUUCGUUCUAAAGUCGUUUAACAACGAGAAUUUGGACAAGGCCAUGGACGACGCAAUCUGGGUCACCCAAACGUCCAACGAAGAAAAGUUCACCAAGGCCUACGAGACGUGCAAAAAUGUCAUCUUCUUCUUCUCUGUGAACAAGAGCAAGGCUUUUCAGGGUUAUGCACUGAUGACCAGUUUACCUUCGGCCGACAUCAACAAAGCAUCUUGGAUGAAGAAUAUCCAUUGGCAGACCUCCCCUCCCUUCCGUCUCAGAUGGCUUAGCAAAGUUGCCGUUCCCUUCUCUCGCAUCGGAUACCUCAAAAACCCGCUCAAUGAGAAUCUCUCUGUCCUGAUUGCCAAAGAUGGCCAGGAAGUUGAGGAGGAUUGCGGCCGAGCAUUGCUGAGAGAGAUGGAAUCCUAUGCCGAGUGGGAAUCAAACAAGACAGCAUUCCCCUCGGGAAGUCGUCAACAGCCACAACACGCACGCCGCGAAAGCGAUUCAGCGUCGGGCUUUAACCCCGCCUCGUGGUGGAAAAACAAAAAGAAGCCGCACAACAACAACAGUAACUGGACCAACCAGCGCACCAACAAGCGUGGAGAGGAAUACCACGAUAGGUUUCCUGCGCGUUAG